GGUGUCGUGCCACAACACAGCAGAAAACUUACAAAUGUGUGAGUGUUAAUGAUGUGACAUAUGUUAAUUGUACAAAUGAUGUGUCUGUAUAUACACGGUGAAGGUGUCAAUGUUUGUGUUCUGUGCUGCUUCGCAUGACGCGUAUAUGAAAUGUCUAGUGAACAAACGCAAUUAAGGUUUAGACGGGGCAUUAAAUCUGGCCCGUAAUGUGCAACGCUAUUAACCAUUGCUAUCAUUCAUGGAUUUACUCACACUAGCCUAACAUACUGAUUGCAUUUUACGGGAGCAAAGUGCAGCCUCGUAGCAGGAGAACACAACUGAUAAAGGCGAGCAGGUAUUCCAGGCAAACAAUGACACCACAACCAACCCAUCCCGUUAAUCAGUAACUCCAGGAAGUGGCCAACGGCUCGACAUUGUUCAGAGUGAAGACGAUGUGAGCUACACGGCCCCAUGUGAGCUGUGUGGAACGUUCCUUUUAAUAUAUUCCCGUUCAAAUUAAUAAAAUAAAAAGAACAUGAAGAAAAAGAAAGCCGAUUCUGGGGAGAAAGGGCCGACCUCCAGGUGUCCAGACAACAGUGCCUUCAAACAGCAGAGAUUACCUGCUUGGACGCCAACGCUAACUGCCGAGUCUGUUCUCAGCUCCUUCUUCGUCAUAGGAGUAUUUUGUCUUGCUGUAGGGAUCAGCUGGAUCGUAGCGACAGUAAAUGUUAAAGAAAUAUGGAUUACUUAUUCUGACUACUGCUCCCAAUGUACACAACUGCGGGAAAACACCUCAAAUUCAGAAACUCCAUGUAGCUGCGUGGUGAAUUUCACUGUGCCGGAGAACAUUCAGGGAGAUGUGUUUAUAUACUACGGACUCAGUAACUUUUUCCAGAACCAUCGUCGAUAUGUGAUUUCCAGAUAUGAUGCACAGCUGCUGGGGAGGAAUGUAACCACCACAGAGAGUGUUCAAAAGCUCAGUAACUGCGCUCCAUUCACCACGUAUCCCAACGGCACACCGAUGGCUCCCUGCGGGGCAAUUGCUAACAGCAUGUUUAAUGACACCAUAAUACUAUCAUAUCAUCCCAACACGUCAGCCGCGAUCCAGGUUCCAGUUCUGAAGACAGGAAACACCUGGUGGUCUGACAAGAAUGUGAAAUUCAGAAACCCAAAACCAGAAGAAAAUCUCAUUCAAGCAUUUGCAGGCAGUGCCAGACCACCUUACUGGCAGAAACCAGUUUAUUUACUGGACUCACAGGAUCUUCUUAACAAUGGCUACGUGAACGAUGAUUUCAUCAACUGGAUGAGAGUCGCUGCCUUCCCGACGUUCAGAAAGCUUUAUCGACGUCUAUCACCAAUACGGCCUUUUACAAAUGGCCUCCCCGCAGGAAACUACAGUUACAGCAUUGAGUAUAAUUUUCCUGUAUCCAAGUUCUUUGGGAAGAAGCAUGUCAUCCUGACCACACUGUCAUGGUGUGGGGGUAGUAAUAUGUUCCUUGGGAUCGCCUACACCGUUACAGGGUCUGUCAUUAUACUGGCUGCAUUCGUCAUGCUGGCUGUGCACUUAAAGAAGAGGGAACCAAGAAAAUCAUUCUUCAAAAAGUAAUAUCUUGGACUGUAAUCUACAUUUUGGCCAAACACUGGUUUAUUCUGAAAGCACUGAAAAUGCAUAAAUGACACAAAACAAUCUUUAAGGUUCACUUGAUGAAGAUCUCAGAAGAUAUUAAUGCAUGUAUCUGUUAUAUGACAAACUAUGUUUAUGUAUAAAAAGUUUGGUUUGAAGAGAUGUCACUGUAGCAUCUAAAGGGAGUCCUGCUGUUGACUGGACAAUUCCUUUGAUUGCGAUGAUGAUAAAGCUACUUUUUCAAACUUGGCAUCAGAAUCACUUUUAGUAUCUGUGUACUCAUAGUAGAGGACAAGCCAAGUGUUGACCAGGUUCCAUUCUAUAAAGCCUUUUAUAUUUUUAAACUUUUUGUUAAUACAUAAGGGCACCGGUGGUUUACCCAUCACAAAUGCAAACUGGGUUCUGCCCGUAAUUAAAUUAAUUUCUGUUUCCACAGCUCACUGUAUUCUAAAAAGAGUAAUAUCCCUGGUCAUAAUAAAUUUAUCGGGCUCUCUUUUUCUGAUUUUUUUGGCCUACAAGCCCUGUCAAAUCUUAUUUUGUGAAAUUAGACUGAUUUAAAGUACUCUCCAGAAUGGUUCUACACAUGAUGGGUAGGUUUAGCCCUUUAAAAAUUUAGACCCCCUUCUAUAUUAACUUAAUACAAGCAGACCCCCCCCCCAUACUUCAUUGUGACAAAGGAAGGUGAGUGAGUGAAAAAUGAACAUUUAUGAAUAAUCCUAAACUAAUUUAUUAUCAGCAGCCAAAGUAGGUGAAUUUACUGUAAUCUGGUGUAUGUUCUAAUUAUUGGAUCGGUAAACUAACAUGUAAUUGUUUCCAUUUUUAUGACAUUUUGAAGCCGAGAGCGCUUCCUGUUUCGCACUUUGUAACACAGCGAUGUUUACACAAUUGCUCAUGUUGGAAGGUUUUACAUUCAAUAAACUUUAUUGAUCGUUAGAGGCCUGCUUGUGUGCCUGCAGCCCUAAACAAAUACAA